AUGCCAUCGGCUUGCCCUUGGUCUCAUGGACGUCUUCACUGGCCGCCGAGCAACCUCACCUCGACCAUCCCCCUCGAACCAUCUCUCCCCGACCCACCUACCGACCUCGAUAUCGACGGCAUGGACAGCCAUCAAGUUUCGGGGAUCGACCGCAUUCAAGCCCUACCUCAACCAACUUCACGCCACCCUCACGCACAAGACAUCAUCAUCUUCCAAGCCACUGCAGCGCCCGCCGCGACCCCGAAUGUGGAGGAAUCGCGCUCGUUGAAGCAGGGGGAGAAGGGUGUGGAGGAGAUUGUGGAGGGGAUGAAGGUGGCAGUGGAGGAUCAUUCACUUGAGGAGAAGACGGGGGAGAAGGCUGCUGUGGAGCAGCAGCCACGUGGAGGAUUUCGUUCGUUGAGAGAGAGGGUCGCGGAGCAGAAGGCUCGCGAGUUGGAGGAGAUCCUCGUCGAGGCGCGGAAAGAGUUCCCCUGGCCGCAAGUUUGCGACAUUCCAGCGGAACUCGGACCCGUGCGGCGUUUGCCCUACGCUCAGAGCUGCCAUACGAUAGAGGUGCUUGCGGUCACCUACUGCGGCGCAGCUAUGAGACUGGCAAACGUCUCACUUCGCGAGGUUCUCGAGGGGGGGAUGAAGGGAUGCCGCUUGGGCUCCCACAUGUACACGCCCGAGGGCGGCAAACUCUCGUUGGAAUGGGCCGAACGCCGCGAGGCGUAUCGGAAGCGGAGAAACUCACUCGUUGUGGAAGUUGGGGACACUGUCGUUGAGAGGGAGGACCCGGAGUUUGUCGACGAUCGUUCUUGA